AUGGAGCUUCCCGCAUUCAUAAGUUUCCGAUCAUCUUAUGCUGUUCCACUGUGCCCUUAUUCUUCAAACCGUGGAUUUAUCUUCAAGAAAAGCUCCCUCAGUUACAGAAGAAAGUACUAUAUAAGCUGCAGUAGUUGCAGCCGGAAGCCGUCUUCACUUCGAAUAGAGGCGAGUUCGGCCGUCAAUGGACCUGUCGAUGUGGACUGUGAAGUGAAUUGGGACGAUUUUUGGGGAAAUUCCGAGUUCGUUGAAGUGGUCGGUAUUGGCAGUCGCAAGGACGCCGUUCUCGAUUUUUGUCUCGAAUCGCCGUUCCAGUUUUCGUCUCUGCGAUUUUGGCAAAUUCUCAUCAAAGAUCCAUUGAUUGUGCAGUUACAACGACGGAUCUUUGGAAAAGAUGCGACUCCGAUGAAUUUUGAAGCUCCAUUGUCUUUAAAGUCAUGUUCAAAGGCUAUUAUCCUUGUGGCAAGUGCAGGAUAUGGCUUGGACCUCAUGAUAGCGAUUGAUAUUCUGAGAAAAAUAAGAUCUGCAAAUGGAUUUGUGGUCACUAUUAUUAUGAAGCCUUUCAGCUUUGAAGGACAGAGGCGCCAAGCUGAGGUGAAAGAUCUAAUGGAAAAACUUCAGGAUCAUACAAAUUUAUUUAUUUGCAUUGACACUGACAUGUUACUGAAAAAGGACUUGGUAACUUUAGAUGAAGCUGUCAAGACUGCAAAUAAUGCUGUUUUAUUGGCAGUAACUGCUGUAUCUGUUUUAACAUCUGAUAUACACAGAAAACUUAUUGAUGCAUCCCAUGAUAAUGUGAAAAUGAUCGAAGUUUCAGAAGUAAUUAAAAUUCUGGAAGGAUAUAAAGAAGCAAAAAUUGGAUUUGGUGCUGGCUACAAUAUUGAAACUUCAAUAUUACGAUCUAUGUAUGACUGCCCUUUCCUUAGUGUGGGUGUAAAGGACUGGGAUGGUAUGAUUAUAUGCAUCCUUGCAAGUUCGGGCACUAUCGAUAACAGUGAUGUACAGACAAUUUUGCGUACUUUUCGUCAAAGUACGGAAUAUGAGGGGGAAAUCUUAAUUUCUACAAUUCAUGAACCUAGUCUAGAGCCCAACCUGGUAGUCACAACGGUUCUUAUUGUAGGUUUUGCUCGGAAACAGGCUUCUCAGAAAAGUAGCAUAUUCUCUGGACUAGCCCAGCAUUUUCCUUUCAUUUUUGAUCUUUUCAGUAGACACCAAUGGCAAUCAAAUAACACUCAGAAAAACCCAUCACCUGAAAACGCACGCUUUUCUGAAGAGAUAGAUUCACCAGAUUCUAGUGAAAUGGGAAAUAGAAAUGCUGUUGAUGUUGUAGCCAAAGGUUUUGAUGAGUACUCUGAAGGACCCCAGGCAGACGACUUCCAAUUUUCAAGGGGGUCUGAACAAAAUGAUGAUGGAAUGUUCGAGGCUACCGACUCUUCUAGUUUAUAUGAUCCAAUCACUGAAGAACUUCCUGCCUUUCAAAGACAGCCACUUGUUAGUUGGAACUUGGGACCAGGAUAUCAGCUUGCAAAGGAUUGGGCAAAAGAGAGGGCAGCUGAAGAUGGAGCUACUGUGAUACUAGAUAACCUGAGCACCUUCUGCCUUCCAGUCGGUGUAAGGCCUCCAGAAGAGUUGAAAGAUAGUGUCAAUAUCUCAUUUCCAACACAAAACCCAGAGACAAAAACUGAGAAUGGUGUGAAAGCGCAACCAGCUGUCAAUUUAAGCAUGUCUUCUUGGAGUUCAUUUACUGACACAGGGCUUGAAGCAGUCAAAGAAUUUUAUAACACAGCAUCAACACUUGUAAAAGGAAAAGAUGCUGAUAAUCCUAAGAAGCAAGGAAAUCUCUCUGUUCGUGCUGCAUCUAUGCUGGAAGCAGAACGAGAUUCACCAAAAAAGUGGAGUCCUGUAGUGGAGAUGCAAUACAGAGGGGGAAUCUAUGAAGGACGGUGCCAAGGAGGACUUCCUGAAGGAAAGGGUCGUUUGCUUCUUGGAGAUGGAAGCAUAUAUGAUGGUAUGUGGCGCUACGGCAAAAGAUCAGGUCUUGGUGCAUUCUACUUUAGUAAUGGGGAUGUGUUCCAGGGAUCAUGGAGGGAUGAUGUCAUGCAUGGCAAGGGUUGGUUGUAUUUUCACACCGGGGACCGAUGGUUUGCAAACUUCUGGAAAGGAAAGGCCAAUGGUGAAGGUCGUUUUUAUUCAAAAGCCGGUGAUGUAUUUUUUGGCCAUUUCCAAGAUGGUUGGCGACAUGGCCACUUCAUUUGCAUCAAUGUUGAUGGAACAAGGUGUUUUGAGAAUUGGGAUCGAGGCGUGCUUGUAAGCCAGAAAUUGGACUCUGAUAUUGGUGAAGGAUAA